UCUUCAGAAAUGACUCGCUUAUGUGAAUUUGGACAGGGGAGUUGACGAACAUAAGAGCCAAUGCUGAACAAACACAUCGUUAUCAUUUAACUGGGCUAACGAGUCUACUUCUUUCACUUUCGCCACUUCUUCGGUACUUUCCAGCUCAAAGUGGGAACCAUGGCCAGUAAAUUGAUUAUACCUCUUAAUGGGGCUUCACUUAACAUUGUGAGACAAUGUGAACUUGAGCUGAGAGACAUCCUUCAGAACAAAUUUGGCUGCAGCAUUGCUGGCCGGUGUUUAGAGGAAGGUCCGAGCAUUGCACAGCAGAGAAGACUUACAGUCAUCCCAGAGAAAAGGUUUGAAAUUGUACUUCGUUCAGGUGUGAAGGUGUCUGUGUGGAAAGCUGACCUCACCAAUUUCUCUGUGGCGGCUGUUGUGAAUGCUGCCAAUGACCAUCUUCAACAUGGUGGGGGUCUUGCUGGUGCCCUGUCUGACGCUGGUGGUCCCGAAAUCCAAAAAGACAGCAGUGAUUACAUUAAAACACACGGUCCCUUGAAAACAGGAAACGCAAUCAUAUGCGAUGCAGGGUUGUUGAGAUGCCAGAAGAUAAUCCAUGCUGUGGGCCCACAACUAUCAAGAUUUGGCAGUAAAUCUGAGGUGUCAAAGGCAAAACCACUGUUAGAGAAGACCAUUAGGAGCAUCCUUGACAUAGUAAAGGAAAACCACCUGGACACAGUUGCUAUUCCUGCUAUAAGCUCUGGACUGUUCCACUACCCCCUACCGGCAUGUGCAGACACCAUAGUGACAGCUGUCAAACACUACUUUGAGAAGUCAUCACAGCAAGAAUAUUUUCCCAAAGAGGUUCUCUUUGUCAACAAUGAUGAGCCUACAGUCAACGAAAUGCAUAGAGCCUGCUGUAACAUCUUAGGAAACACCACCAUGUCAUAUAGCCAGGCAGCUGCAAAGCAUAGCAAGGGGGCAGCCAAAACCACUGCAACUACUGUUGAGAUAGGAAAUCUGUGUGUGAUCCUAAGGAAGGGCAAAAUUGAGGAACAGGAGACUGAUGUCAUUGUAAACAGCACCUCAACAGACCGAAACUUGGGAGUGGGUCUUAUCUCCAAGGCUUUAUUACAGAGAGCAGGUCAUGAAAUGCAACAAGAAAUGUACUAUGCACCUGUAGUCGGAAACAUCAUCAUCACACGUGGCUAUAAACUGCAAUGCAAAGAAGUGUUUCACACGUAUUGUUCUGACACCUGGGAGAAAGGAGUUGGGCAGAACCUUUCUAAAUCAGUACGAGAAUGCUUAUGGAUGGCGACCACACAAAACCAUCGUUCGAUUGCCUUUCCUGCCAUCGCCACUGGUAACCUAGGGCUCAGUAAAAAUGAAGCUGCCCACAUCAUGUUGAGUGAAAUGGCUUACUUUGCCCAGAGCCUCCAAAGGCCCAUGGAGGUUCACUUUGUCAUUUUUCCCUCUGACAAGGAGACAUUUAAGGCUUUUGAAAGUGAGAUGAAAGUACUCCAAAACAAAGGAUCUCAUUUCAGAUUCUCACAAGUGUGGCAUGGAGAAGGAAGCCGUGAGACUUCUGAGUAUAUGCUGCAGCAUUCACCUACUAAACAACAAGUGUGGGGGAAUAAAGAUGACUUCGAUGGCAGCAGAACUUCUACAUCACAGAUCAGCCUGAGUGGCCCCUCAAGUGAAAUCACACAGGAAGCUAAGCUGUGGCUCUGUGGCAUUCUCAAAAACUCCUCCGGUGUUGCUUCUAUCUGCAACAAUUUUAUACAGUACUUUGGCGAGCAGGACUUUGGGCUGCUCUCCCGCCAAAUUAGACAGGGCGUGCAGAUGGAGGAGUUUUUGGAGAAAGGCCGUGCAGGCAUAAUUAUAAAUGGAAGUUCAGCAGAUGAUCUGGCAGUUUCCACAAUUAAGGUUGAAGCCAUUCUCUGCAGGGUCCAGAGUGACUUUGUCACAGAGGAAGUGGGCGCCAUCAGAGACUUGCUGCCAAACACAGAAGUGGUCUUUGAAAGAAAAACACUUGACAAAUAUAGCAGCGAAUUCAGCCACAUAUUGUCUACCUUCCAACAUCAGCAUCUGCAAGUACAGAAGGUGGAAAAAGUGGAGAACACUGCACUCAAGUUGCUCUUUGAGAUGAAGAAAAAACAGUUAUCCUGCUCCACGACGCGAACCAUGUUUCAACGCCUGCCAGCACAGUUCUGUGAAAUGGUCAGCCGUAUUGGAUUCCAUGCAGAGUGUGCACCACCUGAUGAUCCAGCGUGUGGCGAGGGCAUCUACUUUGCUGACAGUGUGAAGAAGGCCAUGGACAUGUGGACGGGCCAGAAGGAGGAAUAUAUGUAUUUUGUAGAGGCUGAGGUGAUCACUGGAAAGUCUACCCCUGGGAAACGGGGUCUGAUUCUACCUCCACCUCUGGGCUCAGAUCCACAUGCUCGGUAUGACAGCGUUAGUGGAGGAGCGGAUAUCUUUGUCAUAUUUAGUAGUUAUCAAGCUCUGCCCAAGUACAUCAUCACGUUAGACCGCCUGAUUUAAUGCAACAAUGCUAGAGAAGAUUGUGGAAAGGCAUUUUUCCUAAUACUUGUUAUAAUUAAACUGUAAUAAAUAUUUUUAUUUAUGAGAGUUUUUCAAUCGGGCAUCAUGUUACAGGAGAAUCAAAGGUGUCAUUUUCCCUCGUGUAUAAGUGGGAGGGGGGGCUUAAUAUCACAUACCAUAUUAGCCCUGAUUUUCUGAUGCAACAAGAUGUUCUAAGCACUCCUGUGUAAUUUUUUUGAAAUUUUCAUCCAAAAACCCUCCCCUACCUUGAAAAUUACUUUUUUAACUCUGAAAAUCACAACUUUCACAGCUUCUCCACUCCUUUGUCCAGUGCAAUGUAUAAAUAUGUUCAUGAUGGGCCAUUUAAGGAUCUUGUAAGUGCCAUACUGUAUAGUAAGAGUACUUUGUAUUAUGAAAAGUCUAAUGUCAAGGUCAUGUUGUAUGUUAAAGGUCACCAAAAUUCCUAGUUUUUUCAAAAAUUUAUACCAUUCCGACAUUUUAUCAAAUAUGUCCUAAGUUCUCUUCCCUCUGGUUUC